AUGCGAAGCAUAGCGCUCUCAGAGAGCGUUCUGGGGGUGCAUUCACUGCCUUCACCAUUUCCUAAACCUCUCAAGCCAUCAUCUUCCUCAUGUUACUUGCUUCCUUUCAAAUUACGGUCCAAGAAGCUCACUUCGAAGCUUUCUUGUCCAAACCCAAGUUUCGUUUCCUCGAGGUAUUCAUGUAAGUGGAAUGCGAACACCUGUGAGGAAUGGUUUCGACGUCUUUUACAAACUUCUGGAAAUUUAGAUGACCUGGAGCUACACUACCUUAAUUACGAGAAAUGCAGGGUGACCACAAACCCAAUUGACAUUGAGGAUGAUUGUGUUGCUUUAGAUAAAGCACAACCAAAGAAGAACUUAAAAAAGAAUUGUCACAGGGAUAGAGAGAUCAUGACUCAUAAUUCAUUCUCUCAUUUUUGGAAGGCUAUUCUGCUGUUUGGAUUUCUUGCACUUCAAGGCUCUGAACCGGCUUUUGCUAUAUCUGAUCUUGCUAGUGGCUUACCAUCAAUUCCUUUUCUGGGCGACCUUGGUGAUCUUAGCACAGGUUUUGCUUCAGCAUUCUUGCUGAUCUUUUUCUCAGAACUAGGGGACAAGACCUUCUUUAUUGCGGCACUUUUAGCAGCUAGGAAUUCUGCUCCUGUUGUUUUUAUUGGGACCUUUGGUGCACUUGCGGCAAUGACCAUCAUAUCUGUUGUUCUUGGACGAACUUUUCACUACGUCGAUGAAAUCCUACCAUUCAGGUUUGGUGAGACUGAUCUACCCAUUGACGAUAUUGCUGCAGUUCUCCUUUUGGUUUAUUUUGGAGUUUCAACUUUGCGUGAUGCCGCCUCAAGUGACGGUUUGAAAGCAGAAGAUGAACAAAGGGAGGCAGAGCUAGCUGUUUCCAAAUUUUCAGGAAACGGUGCUGGAAUAUUAGCUGCUGCUAGCACUGUCAUUAGCACAUUCCUCUUAGUUUUUGUUGCUGAAUGGGGAGACAAAUCAUUUUUCUCUACAAUAGCACUUGCUGCAGCCUCUUCACCCCUUGGAGUCAUCGGAGGAGCACUAGCUGGUCAUGGUGUUGCAACUUUGCUUGCUGUUUUAGGAGGUUCUUUACUGGGCACAUUCUUAUCAGAGAAGGCCAUUGCCUACACCGGAGGUGUUCUUUUUCUCGUCUUUGCUGCCGUAACGUUGGUUGAGAUAGUAACUUAA